AUGCCGCCUCCGGAGCCCAUGCCCGGCUACGGGGAGCUGCUCCGCCGGGGCUACGGCAGCCUGGCGGCGGCGGCGCGGGGCUGCGGCGACUGCGGCUGGGAGCUGGCGCUGCGCACCUGGGCCGAGAACGCGCACCUGGGCUGGGCGGAGGUGCUGCUGUGCGGGAUCUGCGCGCUGGGCUGGACCGCGCUGCGCCGCGCCUGCUCCCGCCGCCUCUUUCGGCCCUUCGGGGAGUGGUGCCAGCUGCAGCCCAAAGAUGCUGCCAAGAUGCCCGAGAGUGCCUGGAAGUUGUUUUUCUACUCGGUGUCGUGGUCCUACGGCGCCUACCUGCUCUUCUGCACCGACUACCCCUUCUUCCACGACCCGCCCUCCGUCUUCUACGGCUGGCAGCGGGGCAUGGAGGUGCCCAGGGACAUUGCCCUGGCGUACCUGCUGCAGGGCAGCUUCUACGGGCACUCCCUGUACGCCACGGCCUACAUGGACACGUGGCGCAAGGACUCGCUGGUGAUGCUGCUGCACCACGUGGUCACCCUGACCCUGCUGGCCUCCUCCUACGCCUUCAGGUACCACAACGUGGGUGUGCUGGUGCUGUUCCUGCACGAUGUCAAUGACGUUCAGCUCGAGUUCACCAAGCUCAACGUGUACUUCAAGCACCGCGGCGGCGCCUUCCACCGCCUCAACGACCUCCUGGCCAACGCCGGCUGCCUGGCCUUCAGCGUCAGCUGGUUCUGGUUCCGUCUCUACUGGUUCCCGCUGAAGGUGCUCUAUGCCACCUGCCACUCCAGCCUCCAGUCCGUCCCCAACAUCCCCUUCUACUUCUUCUUCAACGCCCUGCUGCUCGUGCUCACCCUGAUGAACAUCUACUGGUUCCUGUACAUCGUGCUGUUCGUGGCCAAGGUGCUGCUGGGGCAGAUGCAGGAGGUGAACGACGUCCGUGAGUACGACCUGGAGGAGAGCAGGAAACCCGGCAAGGAGCCUGGGAUCCAACUGCCCCGGGCUCUGAAGGAAGGGCUGCACCUCAGGAACGGCCUCGUCAAGGACAAGAGGUUGUGAGGGCGGCGUGGCCACGGCUGCGGGGCUGGCCCAGGACCUGCCCUGGGACCCUGCCAAGGACAGGCCCGAGGAGAA